AUGGCGCCCCUUGUGUUCAGUGCUGGAAAGGAUGGGAUACCUGUGGGUUACAAGGUUUUGGCCCUGCUGUCAGCAGAAAGUGAUGAGUGUAUCGAGGGUUAUGCUGCAGAUGUCCCCUCAGCAAUCUACAACUGUGAUGUCCGUGGAGAAGCUGUCGCUAUACAGAUUGGAGACACAGUCCACAUACUAGAGACAUAUGAAGGCUGGUACAGAGGUCACAGGCUGAGGAGGAAGUCCAACAAAGGGAUCUUUCCUGCCUGUUACAUUCACCUCAAGGAGGCCACCGUUGAAGGCAAUGGGCACAAGGAGACGGUGAUUCCCAACGAGCUGCCUCUGGUCCAGGAGGUCACCACCACCCUGCGGGAGUGGGCUUCCAUAUGGAGAGACCUCUACGUGGGGGACAGGCGUGAGAUGUUUAACUCUGUCAGGGACAUGAUCUAUGACCUGAUCGAGUGGCGAUCUCAGAUCCUGUCAGGGACGCUCCCACAAGACGAGCUGACUGAGCUAAAACAGAGAGUCACCUCUAAGAUCGACUACGGGAACAAGUACCUGGAUCUAGACCUCGUGGUGAGAGAUAAAGAUGGCAACAUCUUGGACCCCGACUCUACCAGCACCGUCUCUCUCUUCAGAGCCCAUGAAGCGGCUUCCAAACAGAUCGAGGACAGGAUCCAAGAGGAGAAGUCUCAGAAACAGAAUGUAGAUCUGAGCAGGCAGGCCAAGUUCGCCCAGACACCGUCCUUCGCUCUCUUCGUCACCCUGAAGAACGUGGUGUGUAAGAUCGGAGAAGAUGCAGAGGUCCUCAUGUCGCUCUACGACCCUGUUGAGUCAAAGUUCAUCAGUGAGAAUUACCUGGUGAGAUGGUCCAGUCAAGGCCUGGUGAAGGAUAUCGACCAGCUACAUAACCUGAGAUCAGUCUUCACUGACCUUGGCAGUGAGGAUUUAAAGAGAGAGAAGAUCAGCUUUGUGUGCCAGAUCGUUAGAGUCGGACGGAUGGAGCUCCGUGACAACAACACCAAGAAGCUGACCUCUGGGCUGAGGAGACCCUUUGGAGUGGCAGUAAUGGAUGUGACUGACAUCAUAACAGGCAAGAUGGAUGAUGAGGACAAGCAGCAUUUCAUCCCCUUCCAGCCGGUGGCGGGGGAGAGCGACUUUCUCCAGACCGUCAUCAACAAGGUCAUCGCCGCCAAGGAGGUCAACCACAAGGGACAAGGUCUGUGGGUGACCCUGAAACUGCUUCCGGGUGAUAUCCAUCAGAUCAGAAAGGACUUCCCUCACCUGGUUGACCGUUCCACAGCCGUGGCCCGCAAGAUGGGCUUCCCAGAGAUCAUCAUGCCAGGUGACGUGCGUAACGAUAUCUACGUAACCCUGGUUCAGGGAGAGUUUGAUAAAGGCAGCAAGUCCACCCCCAAGAAUGUCGAGGUCACCAUGACCGUCUACGACGAGGACGGAAAGAAACUGGAGGUAUUGAGA